AUGGGCUCGUAUCUGCCUUUACAGCGCGAUGACCCAGAGGAGUUUAGUCUGGACGAUGUGAACAAGCACCCGCACCUUCAGCAAGACGAGCAUCCCGACGUCACUAGCGCUGUCAGCGAGUCCCCUGGAAGGUCGCAGAUGUGGACGGACUGGCUACUCCUGCUCCUUUCCCUUCUCGUUGCUGCUUCGUCGUGUGCGCUUUAUGCAAGCUCGAGUAAUCGCCUUGCGCCGCGGGAUGCCCGUGGGCUGCGCAUGCCGGACCAGCUAAUACUUCCCAUCCUCAUGGUGCCGUCAGGACCUAUGAUGAUCUUUCCCAACUACAUCAUCCGGGCGAACAAAGCCAUGCCAGACGGUAUCUACGAGAGGGGCUCACAUGUCGUGCUCAGUGAUAACGACACCAUGUUCUACCAGUGGCACAUGCGUGACUCAAAAUACAAGACCUGCUACAUCGACGCCGUUGUGCCUCCAUCGGAAGAGCUCCGCGCGGCAAACAAGUCAUACACAUCCUCGGGCUCCCUUGCCGCGAUCCAGGUCUGGAACGUGACCACGCCCACGGGACGCCUGACCAACCUCACGUGGAACACACGUCCCGAGCGUUUGACUUUGCUAGGCACUGUCGCGUUCUAUCCCGAUGAGAAACGGAGGGAGAUGUUGGAGCUCAUGGACGGCUGGCAGCUGUUUCCCCCGACCCCGCGCUUCGCGUGCGGAGAGAAGAGAAUCGAGACGUUCGAGAUCGUGUGCGAGGGAUGCACGCUCGAAUUUGACCAGAUCUUCGAACCAACGCCGUUGGCAUUCGACCUGCUUGAACUUGGCUGA